UAAGAGGUAUAAUUUGUGACUAUUUAGUAUUUAUAAACUAAUGUAUAGUAAUCAAAUACAUGAUUCUUUAGACUAGGAAUGCUUAAAAAAAAUAACAAUGAAUAUAUUAUUGGUAUUAUUCCUUAUUUGUGUCGUCAUAUAUUCCUGUAUAUCUUGGUUAAUACCAGCUCUAUUGGCAUGGUUGUUCAAGAGAAAAUACCAUAUAAAACUAAAAAUUGGACGAAUAGUUCUUCCAAAAUUAAUUUUUCGAGAUGUGAUUUUAUCUAAGGAUGGUUUUACAAUCCACAUUAGUGAAAUAUCAUUAAAAAGCAGCUUCUUCAAUUCUGAAAUAAAUAAAUUGGUGUCGGUGGUUAUAAAGUCUUUUCAAAUCACUAAUUAUGCUGAAGAGAGAAGAAGUGCUGUAGUAGAAACAAUAUUAAAGCCGCUGCUGUCAAAACAGAAUUCAAACUCUAGGUCAGAAGGGAUUGAUGAUGAAGCCAGCCAUUAUAAUCAACUGGAAAGGGAAUUGCGUAAUCUAAAACAACAGACUUUACUAGACUUUAGGAGCAAAAAGUUACCUUCAAGUUUAACAACAUUUGCACAGUUUAUGGGUGUUCAUAUAUAUGAUGUAUUGCUGUCAAUAACUAUAGAUGGCUUGAACAUUCAUGGUACAGCAGAGGAGGUGCAUGCAGAUGGAACGGCUGGUGGACCAGCCCGUGCACUCGUGUUCUCUGCUAAUGUAGUGAAAGCCAAAGUAGAUAUGUGGACUUCUGAGUCCAUGGUGCUAGGGGAGGUACAGUGUAGUGUACUGAUUGAGGGCACAGUCAGGGCUGAAGGGCCAUUGAAUGUUGAGAAAAUUCAUACAGUGAUCAGUAAUCCAACAAUACUGUUACGUGAUGAGUUUUAUGUUUUUAUUCAAAACCGUAAAAAGAGGAAAAAUAAGCUUGAGGUGUAUUACUCAGAAGAUUAUUAUAAUACUCUUAUACCAAGAUUGUCACCGGCCAUACCAAAGAUAUUUAGUUUAAAAAUCGACGCGACGAAAAUAACUUGUAUAGAGCGUACACCGAAAACAUUCUUUGAAUUAACACUACAGAGUGCUCUGGUUAACUCUCGCUUCAGUGCGUCUUACUCCGGGGUGGACCACGCUGUCGCCGCUCCACAGCUGUAUGUAGCUGUGCAAUUAGAUCAGCUGGGUUUAGCUGCGCGUGCGCGCACCUUGGUUUCGCUCGAUAAGCUGAAGCUGGACGCCAAGUUAGAGAAGAGAGUCCUCAAUUUAUAUCUCAUAAUAAGUACCCUGAAUCUCAAAUAUAACCACGACGAUGCGUUAGAAUGGUACACGGUGUGGCGGAGGCUUCGGAAGUCUCGACCGCUGCAAGUGACUGAAGCUCCUAAUACUCUUUGCUGGUGGCAGGUGGCAGCACGUGCGGUGGCCGUGCAAGGCUGCGCCGAGUUGCGCGCCGUCUCACUUCGCACGCGCCUGCUGGCUUUCGGAUGCAGCGGUCUCAAGGUCAAAUUGGAGCAACUCCGAGAUACCAGAGAAGAGUCGUACGAGUGGGAAUUGGCUAAGUUGGUGCUAGGGUCCCGUCAUUGGAGCGCCGAGCUGCUGGUGGACGGCGGAUGGAUGCGGGUCAGUGCGAGCGGACCGGGUUCUCAGGGCCGUGAGCCGCCUCCGCGACGACAACACGCCUGGGGCUCCGCCAUGCUAGCAGUCGCGCUCGUCAAAUGGGGCACUCACGGGCCCACAGACUCUAAAAUUGAGGCUAUGAUGGAUUGUCUGCGUUUCGAAUACAGCCACGAAAUCGCUGAAAACCUAAUUAGUUUCGUGGAUUCCAUCAACGACUACCGGACGGUGACGACUCCCUCUACUCCGACGCCAACGGACUCGUCACGAAAGGUGGCCGUAAACGUGACCCUAUCUCAUAUUAACGUGUUCCUGAUCAUCAAUGAUGAUAUGUGUAUAAUGACGAGAGUGGAUGACGUCACCAUUGAACGUACUAGUACCAAGACGGCGUUUCUAGUCUCUGGGUUGAAGAUGAUGGAAAUGGUACCUUAUCAAGGGAAUGUUAAUUGCCAAAGAUCUGAUGAGAUGACUUCUUGCUUCUUCCACGUCAAACUGGCCAGAAUAGAGAAUGUGCCUUCAAAAGAAAGAAACUCAGUCCUGCUUGACUUCCAAUUUCAAGAAUAUGUCGAAUUUCGAUGGAGCGCUAAUUUGCAUCUUAAAAUAUUAACAUUUGUCAGGGCGUUCAGGUGUUUCAGACAAGAGUUACAAAGGAAAUUGAAUAGAGGCAGCGAACUAUCGAAAUCGAACCGAACUAACAAAAAGGCAAGAGCAAUGGAUUGGAGGGUGUCCUUCAAGAGUCAAACAAAUUUGGAAUUGAUAUUAUCGAAACAAAACAACAUGCUAUUUGCAACUGAUAACAUGACCAUAGCUUACGACCAUGAAGCCGGGUUGUCUAUCGAGUGGAGUCAGCUGAAGAUGAUAUUGAACGAUGAUGAGAUCAUUUCCGUCGAAGGAUAUUGUCAGCGCCGGCUGACAGACGACGCGGACAUACGAGUGGAGAGACGAGCCUGCGAGGGAUUCACGUUGGCGUGGAAUAGGGUUUGGGGCGUCAACGUGGCGUUAGUUCGAGUCAUAUUUCCAUACAAACAUCGUUUUGCGGAGGCCGUCCAGGGUGAUUUCGUGUCCCUGUUCAAAUGGAUAAAGGUCGUCCACGGAAUUAAAAAGAAACCUUUUACAGCAGAAAGUCCGCUACCAAGCGACUUGCAUAUAAAGAUAGAUGAAAUAGUCAUCGAGAUGAGUGAUGAUCCGUUUGAGGUGAAGUUGCGUGAUAACUACGAGCUUCUUGAGGAUGAAUACAAGGAGAGUCAGAAAAGACGUACCAUGCUGGACGCUAAGGUUCAGGAACUCUGCAAGCCACAUCUGUUCCUGCCGGCGGGCAAAGUGGAAGAGUUAUACGCCGCAUUACGCCACAAAGACGCUCAGAUCUACGUCCAGCGGUCGCGAGCUGCGCCUCCGCCGCGUACUCGUCUUGUGGCGUGCUGCGUGGCUGGAUUGAGAAUUUUGGCGUUGGCUGAUCCCGUACUGCAUGGAACGCAACGCGCCACUCGUCGGCUCCGGGACAUCGACGCCGACAGUCCCUGGCCCGAGGAUGGCGUCGAGUUCACUACGUUGUGGUGCCGCUGCGUCAGCGUUGUUUGCGAGUUGUGGCAACUGCGUUUGAGAGAUUUCCCACAGCCUUUGCUUAGCAUGAGUGAGCUUCGGUUGUGGGGUACGCUGCUGGGAGCUGAAGAAGCACCGCCCCCUAGAGCUGUAAGGACGGUGAUAAUAGACCAAGGUGCACCGUGGGGACCCAUGGAGCUAGAGCGCAGUAUGAUGCCUCUAAAGUGGUACUACGACCUCUGCUGUGAAAUGACUGAGUACAGCUACGCAUUUGGGCCCUGUUGGGAGCCUGUAAUCGCUCAUUGUAACUUAGCGUUUGACCAAGUAUCUCGCCCGUCGUUGGAUCCCUCGGCACCGCUCGCGUGGUGGGACAAAGUGAGACUACUGUUCCACGGACGACUGACUGUCAACUGCGCCAAGUUCACGUGUCUCCUCCACGUGUCUCUCGAUCCCUACAACACCACCGAGGAAAUGGAGGUCACUUGGACCGAUCUGGUGCUGGAUUGGACGAACGGUAAACUGGGGUUCCUGGGUGAGCUGAAGGUGUUUGUGCGUACGGCUAGCAAGUAUGACGACUGUCGCGUGUUGCGCGUGCCCGCUCUGCGGCUGGCCGUCAAGUUGGGCUGGCAGGUAGUGGGCGACGCGCGCGACCAUCGCGCCGUGACGCCCUGUGCGCCCACGAGGCUGCCGGAGUACUCCAGCAAUCAGGAGCAUGACUCGUACCGAGCGUUCCGGUCUCAGGGCCUAGACCUACACCUGAGUAUGGACACGAAGCCGAUCGAGGGCGACGGGCCCGUGCUUCUGCUGUACGGCAGCACGCUGCGCUGGUUUGAAAGUCUGAAGCUGAUCUUGUCGGGCACGACCAGGCCAACUCGCCGCGGACGAGCCUUCAACAACAUGCGUCCGCGCCGUCCCCAACUCUCCAGACACUACAGGAACGUGUCCGUAUCCCUCACGCUGCACAAUCUCCAGGUGUUCUACUGGUCGUCGUCGUCGAUGCAGCGCGGGAUCGAGAUGCUGUGUGUGCGAGUGACGUGCGGGUCCCGUCACCGCCUGUCGCUGGUGCCGGGCGGGGACUCCCUCAUCAGGAGGGCGCGCGCGCUGUGGGCCACGCUGUAUAUGAACUGCGAGCUGAACGACGCCGAGAUAUGGCUGAAGACCGCAGCGCAGCCGCAACACCCGCCGCCCAACGACGAUAAGGACGAUGACGCGGGCUCGUCCGUCCUGAGCCCGGCGGCCAUGGAGAAGUGUUACUGUCUGUCGGUCCGGCGCGUGUCGUACGGUCGCGAGGCGGGCGGGGGAGGCAUCGCCCCCGCGCAUCGCCUCGCCGUGCACGACCUGCGAGGCGCCUGGACCAAACUCAACAGGGACCUGGCGUUCGCUCUCAUCGACACUUAUAUUAAAACACAGCAAUUGAAGAAAAAUCUAUCGACGAAGGCGUUGAAAGAGGAAGAGAAGCCGAGCACGUCUCCGAAGCAUCAGCGCGAGGGGGACGUCGUGUCUCCUCCGCCAGCCACUACUCAAGGACUGUCAGGUUGCGGUGGCGGAGCCAACAUGUUGGCGGCGCUCGUGGCGGAGGCGGGCGAGGCCGGGGGAGACGCUCCCGUGGUGUUCAGCGACGAGCUGGUGGGGGCGGACGACGCGCCUCAACACACACACGCUCACACACACACCGCACACGGCCGACACCUGCUGGACGACGACAACUCCCACACGGCUUGCCUCAUCGAGCUGGUGAACUCGCAGGUGGUGUUGAAGGGUUGCGAGACCCGCGGGUACGUGCUGCUGUGCGCCGCUCGCGCCGAGGUCCGCCAGCGCGUGAGGCGCGCGCCCGCCGCCACCGCCUGGUCGGGCGCGCUCUCCGCCAUGCAGUACUACGCCACUGUCAGUGCUCACGACAAGGACCAGCUGGACGAGAACAUCCAGUGGGUGUCCGUGGAGGAGAUCGAAGAGCGAUGGCAGGGCGCGGAGAUCAGCACCCUGCCGGACGUGCCGCGGCUCGUGGGCAGUGGACACUCAGCCGGGGGAGUCAUCGGCAGCACUGUGGGACCUUCCGCUGAUACUGGACUGGCACAGCUCCAGCGUAUAGUGUCUCGGUGUGCGUGUGAGUUCUACUACGUGUCUCACGAGGAGGGCGAGGCGGGCGGGAGCGGCGGUGCCGGCUGGGCGGAGUCUCCGCCGCCCUACGACUCCUUCACCCUCAUGCACCACGACCUCGACGUCUGCACCAACUCGCUACAGUACGCCAUGUUACUGGACGUGGUGAACAACGUGGUCCUGCACGUGGAGCCUGAGAGACGACGAGCGCUCGAGAGACGAGCGAGGAUGAGGUUCCAGCUGCAGCUGCACCGAGACACCGACCCCAGGCACCUCAUACACAAGCUACAAACACAGGUUCGAGAAUCUCUAGCGAGGCUGCGGCGGCUCGAAAAGGAGUACUAUCUGAAGAAUCGCUCCAUCAACGGAGAUGAUCAGGUCGCGCUGGCCGAGCUGAAAGCUCUCGAUAAUCAGGUGAACGAGUGUAAGGAAGCUGCAUGGUCGCUGGGCGAGGAGCUGGACGCGAUGGUCCGCGCGUGGCGCGAGGUCCGCAGCGCGUCCGCCCCGCCCACCCAGCACCACGCCGCGCCGCACCGACUCAACGACAUCUGCUUCAAGAGCGCUCGCUGGAGGCUGACGGACGCGGACGGCCAGCUCGGCAUCGCGGACCUGCUGCUCACCAACUUCCUCUACACCAAGACCUCGCGCUCGGACGACUCCGUGGAACAUCAGUUAGAAGUCGGAUACGUUCGCGUCACCAAUCUCCUACCCAACGAGCCUUUCCCUGAGGUGUUGGCCCCCCAGGAGGCGUCAGGUCGCGCCCCGGUGGCUCGCCGAGCCGCGCUGCGUGUGUUCUGUAGGGACCGUCCGCCCGUCGGAGGAAUCUCUGUGAAGGAACAUUUCGAGGUCAACAUAGUGCCCAUACGGAUAGGGUUGACGAAGAAGUUCUUUAACACGAUGCUUAAGUUUUGCUUCCCCGAGCGCGAUCCUGACGCCAUCGAGGACGGAGACGAAGAAGGAGAAGGAAGCGGCACCAUGAGGACAUCCAGCGGCAAGAAGAACAAGAAGAAGGGAAAAGACUCCAACUCUAACUUCUAUGUCAAGAGAGACAAGAAGGACAAGGACGACGUAGAGAAAAUGAAGGAGCGCGCGGAGAAGAACAAGCUGUUUAUAUACAUAAAGAUCCCGGAGGUGCCGGUGAGGGUGUCAUACAAGGGCAGCAAGGAGAAGAACCUCGAGGACGUGCGGGACCUGCCGCUGGUGCUGCCCACGCUGGAGUACCACAACGUCACCUGGACCUGGCUUGACCUGCUGCUGGCCACCAAGACCGACACCAGGAGGGUGAUAGUGUCACAGGCCAUACGUCAGAAGCUGCAGCUCCACCGCCGGCCCGCGCCGCCGCCCGCGCCGCUGGAGGAGGACAAGGCGCGUCUGCUGCUAGGAGACAGAACAGUGGCAGAGAACAAACCGCACAAGAAGAGCACCCCCAGCGUGUUUAAAUUCUCCAAAUCAUGAGACCUCUUACGUUUAAGUGGAAGCGUUUUUUAUACAAAUCAUUUAUUGUAUAUCCAAUGUUAGAAAAGAUAAUCAAAUUCCCUACAUUCGGUAAUAAGUCGAAAUUCAUUCCAUUACAGAGCGUUCAGUCUGCUAAUGUUUUUUUAAUUAAUAUUGUGUAAGCCAAAAUAAAUAUAUAUCGUCAUUUGUGUGACAAAGAUCCAAGGUCAUUAGUUUUAUAGCCUGCUUUACAUGUAAUUAAGUGUGCAGCAUAUUUACAUGAUCGCUCCGGUGAUUGUAUUUUUGUAAUGAUCAAUUUGUUAAUGACGCAAUUUCUAUUGUAUGUGAUUGAUUUUAAGUCAAUUAUUUGAAGGAUCGCUAGACGGUAGACUACAGUAAGCGUAACGUCCGAUGUGUGGACAUCGGACAUGUAUUUUUAAACUUAUACAUAUAAACAACAUUAAAACUUUUAUAUGAAGUUGAAGAGUUCAUUUCAAUAUAUAAUUAUGUUAUAUACAUAUAUGUACAUAAUGCACAAACAUCAUUCACAUACUGACGCGUCUUAUAUUUGUUGACCGUGGUAUAUAUUGUGAGCAGUAUUAAGACGUUAUGAGAUUUUGUACUCGGCAUAUUAUGAAUAAAAGUUCGCAUGUUACAUGUU